UAUAUGUAAGAAUUUGUUAGGCAAAGGAUCCGUCGGAUGUUGCAAAAACUCUGGGACGACUUUCUGUCUCACAAACACGACGAGCAAUCACACGAUCUUUUGAAGCGUUUUCUUUAUGCCGUCCAAACUAUACAAGAAUCGAACGUCAAAGAAGCUCUGUCCCAGCUAAGUGAUGCUGUCAGUGUCGGUGAGCUGAUGUGCAAGCAAUUGGUGAACAGACUAGGUGGUUUGAAAUCAGACUGGACCAGCAGUGGCUUUCCUGAUGAUGUUCGCUUGCUGUUGGCUGCUGUGGAUCGCUUCAGUCAAGCUGGAUUUCUUUACAACAGUAAAAUGUGUGAGAAUCUGUCGUUCUUAUUGGAGUCGUACGCUAUGUUUUCUCUUGCUCAUCCAUCAGAAAAUACACUUUCUUUGCCUUCUUAUCGAUUGUCAUCUCUAUGGCAUGCUGAAGGCCAAUGGUCUUCUGUGGCACACUUUGUUAUCCAAAUGAAGCAUAAACAAUGCAGUUUGAGUGAUAAUAGUUGUGACAGUUGGUUGGAUAGUCUAGUUAUGUUGUCAGUGUUGGAAGGCAUUUUCAUCAAUGCAGUGAGACAGGCAAACAGGACAAAGCAACGUGAAGAGUUGGUGGAAACAGGAAUUCGGAAGUUAAUAGAACUGUUCAAGUAUAUUGCACUUGAGCAGCCGCAUAGUAAGUUGGAUCAGAAAACUAAACAUGUAAGAGUUUUAAAUACAGAAGAAAUAGAAGACACCAAGGAGAAUGAUGUGGAUUCUGUAUGCAUGACAAGAUCGUUUGCAGAAAGUCUCAUGUCAGUUAUUCUGCAUGUACUGUCUGCACUUGCCGGUUUGCUGUUGAAACAUUGGGACACGGCAGUUGAAUUACAACCACUUUUCAAGCAGUUUGUCGAAUGUGUCACUGAUGUUGCAAAGUCAAUCAACAGUCAUCUUGAAGAUGUUCUCUCAUGCCAAGAAUCAUGUGUUGGCACUGUACCAGAGUGUCUUACCUAUUUUAACAAUGGGUUUAUCUGCAUUGCAAGCUGUUUGAGUCUCAGUUUUUGCAUCAAUGAAAAUCUCUGCUCAUCAACUGCAGCUGAAUUUGUGAUAAAAUGCUUUGAUAAAUUGGGUACAUUUGAGACUCUUCUUUCUUACAUGUCUCAUGCUUCUGUUCUGUCAUCGUCAUCUGGUUUACUAGAGGCUCGGCAGACUGUUCUUCCACUCUUAGUAAAACUCGUUCGGCUCAGCUUUAUGUUGCUUCCCAAAACACAUUAUUGUCAGCAAGAAGAAGUGAGAAAAGCAAAAAAAGUGACUCGCCACAAAAAAGAAUCUCUGAAUGUUGCCAACAUGUCAACAUCUAUAUUGGAGAGUCUUAGGCCACGGCUUGUUGACAUGCUGUUGACGCUGGUAGGAAAUUGUGGCAGUCGGCAUGUACAGAUUCAUAUUCUGUCUGAACUGAGCAUGAGGCAAUAUCGUCCGCUUGUUCGUUUUUCACGCAUUGUUUCUUCAUGCUUGACAAACUUUUCUGAUUUUCAUUCAACAGUACAAGACAUUGUUUUGCAGUUCUUAGAUAACUGCAUGAUAGAUAACACGUAUGUGGCAGCUUGCGGGAAGUCACGGCCAUUUAUGCUUUACUUACAGACACUAACAAGACUUAAUAGAGUAACUGCAGUUCAAGUGUUUGAUCAUCUUCUUGGAUUAGUUGGACGUUACUCAACUGCUGUCAUUGAUGGCAUUGUUAAUGAAAUCGUUCUGCCACUUUUAUGUCACAAGGACGACUCAGAAUUAAAUGAAAUUGAGUCAUCCAAACGGACUUCUAUGAUUGAAAUCCGAAAUGUGAAUAAUGAACAUCUGAUUAAAGGUGCAGUAGAAUUACUGGUUAGGUCUCUGGAUAUGUUGUCUAUCCAAGAACAAUACAACUGCAUUAGACAGAUUACACUGCAGAGAUUGGAGUACUUCUUAUCUGUUACCAGCCUAUGUGGCAACUGUCUGAAGGUGUUAGCUCAUUUUGCUGUAGAGAAGCAGAAUGAGAUUGAAGCCGAAGAUAAUCAUUGGAUGAAAAUUAUUCACGAGGGUGCAGUGAAACUUUUGUUCAACUUGGCUCUUUCAGAUGUUACAUUGUCACAUACAGCGAUGGUUGAGCUGAGUACUCUUGACCUUCAAGUUGUUCGCUUGCAGGAAGCUGCUGGUAGACAUCUUGCCUCUCUUCUCUGGGAAAGUGACUACAUGUUUGAAAGGUUUCUUGCAGUUUCGGGUCCAGGAGUUGUUGCUGGUCAAGCAAUGAGAAUUUUGGAAGCACUCUCUUCUCAGUUAUUGGACAAAAGCUAUGCAGAACAAGGAGAUUCCGACUCAUCAAAAGAGUUUCAUUCUGAUGUAACAUUGCAUGCUGCAACUUAUACACUUGACAUAUCAUAUCGAUGGGGUGCCAUUUUUUCAUUUGUGGAGGCUCAACUUAGGCUGAUGUCACGCUCAUCACAGUGUCGAUCCGUGGACUUUGUUGCAGAUACAGUUGGUAUUAUUCAGCAGUAUUCCAAAAGUUUGGUAACGCUUGUAGGUCAUUAUCCACUAGGUGCUGGUUGUCUCUGUAAUCUUCUUCUUGACUUGGCGAUUGCUUCAUUCCCAUCAGACUGUCAGACUAAUGAGGAAGAUAUCCAGUCAUUCAACCAAGAAUGCGAUGAGUGCAAGGACCAAACAGACAAGAACCUUGAAGAAUUGAAAGCGAUUUCUGUUGAAAAUGUGGCAACUACAAAAUUAAUGCAGAGUAGUGAUUCAAUUCUUGAUGAUUCUCUUUCAAGUUCGGGCAAUCUUUCAUGUUCAAAUGAAAGUGAAUUAGGAUUCUCUGGCUAUGCGGCUGAUGACAACCUUUCGAUCAAUGAGUUUGAAGUGACAAGCAAAGUUGAUCGUCAAGUUUUGUCUAGUGCUGUUGGUGCACCUUUAUUAUUUCCACAACUUACACAAGUGGUUGUUCAAUGUUUGUCGAAGGCUUGUCAAGAAACAGUAAAUUGCUAUGCUAUAGCUUGUCGUGUUUUGGGAAGGUUGACCUCUAUUGCAGAUUCGUCUGCAUGGAAUUUGAAUCUACUUUCCGAGGAGAACUUACUACAAGUGCUGAUCACCGAGUUUGAAGUCAUUUUCACGACAACUGAAAGUCAAGAGUCGGGACUAACAGAGGCAGUGCUUGCUCUUCUUGUUGUUCUCGCACGAAAUCACAUUGACAGCAACAACACAUGGCAACUUCUUCACAUUGUCAGUAAUCAUGAUUAUGACACGACAUUCAAGGCAUUGUUGAUGUCAAGCCUUAUCAAUGCUUUACAUGGUUGUCAUAUGCCAUCGUGUGGUGUGAUUUUAGGCAAAGGAUUAAUUCAUCAAGAAUGCUCUGCAGCGACGAGCAUUAAGGAAAAUUCGUCUGAGGUUAUGGAAUCAUUGGUGCUGCCUCUGAAACCAAUUAGUUGGAUUCCUGCCAUUGCUGGUUUCAGUAUGUCACUAUGGCUACAUAUAGAGCCUCAGCAGUGCUUACUUUAUCAUGAAAAUGAAUGGACAACAGUAGGCUCUAAUGAUUUGAGAGAAACGGGUACAAAGUGGAAGUCUCGAAAGCAAAGAAAAUCGUCAUUAUUGAUGGACCUCACUGAUCAGAAGGGAUCUGCUAGGGUUACUAUAGCAAGUUUUGGGGGGAAAGCUUAUAGAUUUUGUUUACAAGCAGUACAGAAAACGGACUCACUGAAGGCUGAUGUGGUUUCACGAUGGGGAGCUAAAUGCUUGACGUCUCCAAAUGCUUUGUCUUUGAGGGAGUGGCAUCAUCUAGUUGUAGCUAUUUCUCCUUGUCAAGGAAAAGAGAAGCGACCCCAUUCACGAGUUUGCAUAUAUAUUGAUGGGAAACCGAUGCACAAUGGAAUAAUCGGCUGUCCAAAGGCUGCCAUGCACGAAAUGCCUGUGAUGACCUGUUGUAUUGGAGGUGGAGAGGUCGAUCGGAGUUCGUUGUUCACCAGCAAUGAACGUGAAUCCAUUAAGGAAAACUCAUCUAGCUUUAAGCUACCUGUUAUGAGUUACACCCAGAAUUUAUUGAUGUCAUCAGGAACUUUCUGUCUAUUUAGAGGUGUGCUGUCUAAAGAUGAGGUCAACGCAAUACACAUUCGUGGUCCUGACAAGUUUGAAUUUGCAAGCAGCUGUUUUGAUCGAGCAGGGUUUGACAGUCUGGGGCAUACGUUUAGUGGACAAUCUCUGCCUGUUGAUGUUAUUCUGAAAGAGAAACUUGAGGUUCUUUAUUCUCCAUUGGCUAGUCUCAAAUCCUUUUACCAGUUUCAUUUGUCUCAGGAAGGAGACAGGAUUUCUUCGGCGUUUGCUGUCUUUUUUCGUGCCACACAAAAGACAGUACCUCGAUCUCUAGCUGCAGAACCAACUGGUAUAGAAACAGUUGAAGUAAAGGAUGUACAUCAUGCGACAUGGAUGGGACUCGGGAGUGCAAUACACCAUACUGGUGGCUUUGCUUGCCUUUUGGUUCUUUUUGCCAAGAUGGUUGGUGCUAAUAAUUCAUCACCACAACUUCAGUCUUCGGCCCUUCGACUGCUACUAACUCUACAAAAAGAAGAUCCAGUUUGCAAGUCUGAUUUCAAAGAUCGUGGAGGCUAUCCAAUUAUUAGACGAGUCUUGUGCAGUCAAUCGUACUCAUUUGACAUGGGCUCGCUGAAGGUGCUGUUUGAUGUUAUGUGUGAUGGUACAGUAAUUAAAGUCGAUGAGCUAACAGCAGAAGGCUAUGCCAUAGAUAAUUACUGUAAGGCCUGUGUGGUUGAUGAUGAGUUGUUACGCGACUUGCUGCUUGACAAUAACAUCUGGAUGCAAUGUGACGAGUCAACUUUGAACAUGCUCUUUGAAGGUCUUGUGGCUUUGAUUGAUGUUGACUGUCAGCAUUAUGCUUCGAACAAGGCAGUAUUUAGGACUGCUAAGAUCGUUGAGUUAAUCUUGCAGAACUGUCGAGAAAGGGCUUUGCAGGAUCAACGUAGUUUGCUACCUUUUACUGCCAGUGUUGCUGUGAAAUUACUUUCUAGCUUUAUGAAUCCUCCAGAUUCUACCAUACUGAAAGAAAUUUAUGAAUUUCUUGUUGCAAACCAUAAGACUGAAAUAGUUCAUCAUGGUACAGUACAAGAAUCAAUGGAUAUUGAGAUGUUGGCUGAAGCAUUGGGUCCUAUGUCUCCUAUUCAAACAAGCACACCUAAUCGUCGUCAUCGUCGCCGUGUUGGUCGUUAUUUAAGUGAGAGUAGUGAUGUUCGGCGGAGCUUAUCAGAUCCAGAGAUUUCACACCCAUCUGACCAUAAACUGUCACCCAGGAAGAAAUUGAGUGAUGACACUGGGAGUCACUUUGAAACAUCUUCAAGAUUUAGCGACGUAAUGGACUCCAUUUCAACAUACAAUGAAGGCACUGGAACACUUUUUGAUUGGGAGGCUGUGACGGGCACAGCACAUUCUGCUACUGAACAUAUAGCCUCUGUAGAUGAAGAUGCUUCCAUGUCGACUGGAUUGCUAGCAACUCUUCGUGGCCAGUUUGUUGUUCUUCCUGAUUGUCUGGUCAAAGCUGUUUUCCAGGAAAACUUUAAUCCAGAGUUUCUCCUUCCUCUUGCUGAUCACUCGUCUGAAACAAAUCGUGCAGCUAUUAUCAAGAUUAUGGAUGUUUAUUUGUCUCGUGGUGGAGAUGUUGCUCUUGAUAAGGUUUCUGCUAUUCAUGGCUUUCAUCUUCUUGCCAAUCAGAUUGGUCAACACAGGCCAACUCUGGAUCUUGCUUUUGCUUGUGUCAAUCUGUUUGUUGGUUUACCCGCUGUUGGCUCAAUUGAAGACUUAGAGACUCUUGAUGUAACUGUAGCAGAGGCAGACUGUCGAUUAGAAUCCUUUAUAAUUCUUUUGACAAUAUUGGAUACAGCAGAGUUUAUGUCACCUGUUAUUCAUGCUACUUGCCUGGCAAUCGGAAAGUUGUUGCUGUCGGUCUCUGGUCUAUGGAAAUUGGCAGACCGUGAUGGGCUUGUUAGAGUUGUGACGUCAGGAGUUGCCAAAUGCUCGACUAUGCUUGAAAAUGGGGAAGAUGAGCUGAUAACGAGUGUAUUUAGAGAGCUCAAAGAGCUAAGUACCGCUAUUGUCACAUGCUGUUGUUGGACAGGAGACCUUCACAUGUUUAGGGAGUUACUGGCUGCUCUUCUCGUUAGAGCAACUGCCAAUCAUAUGUCAGCACAGUUGCUGUAUACACUUCUCUAUCAUGUCAUACUGGUUGCGUUUGACGUGUUCAGAGUGCCAGAUGCUAGAAAGAUGGUGUCAAGCAACUUAAAAAGCAGUUUUAUGGAAAAAAGCUUUUCAUACAGAUUGAAAACUUUUCAGCAAGUGUGUAAAGAAUCCGUUGAUCUGAUUGUCUUUGGAAUGUGGAGUGGGAGACAGAUUAAGCACGUAAAUGGCGUUGGUGAUAAUGUUGAGACUAUCAGCACUGCAGCUGAUGAUUUUCACAUCAUCUCCGCAUUAGAACUGAAUGUAUCUGGUGAAGGUGAAACAUUUGCUCUUGUUAUACUGGACAUUUUGACUGAAGCCAUGAUGUCCAUAGUGGAUCCACGUUCGUUUCAUUCUGUGGAUGACAGGAAGAGUGAAUGGAUUCAACUAGUCCAGUCUGCAGAGUUGGCUGUUCGUGUGCAGUUUGGUCGUUUGAUGUGCCACUUACUGUCUCCUAAAGUUCCAAUUUUGUUACGACAUUCUGUUCUCAGCCAGUUAGAGGUUACUCAUCUGAAACACAUUCUAGCAUCUGUGUAUGCAACCAACACAGGCAAAAAGUGUGCUAGUCGUCUUCUUUUGUAUCUUCAUCAUCUCUUUGAAGAAGAUCCAACUUUAAAGUAUGCAAAAGAUCCCGAUUCAAAAGUAGUUGCAGAAAAGAUAGUUGACCAUAUUCUGAAAGCUGAUGUCAUUCACAAGAAGAUUUCAACAGAGUCUGUUUUUACAUCAACUCCAGAACUACGUGGCAGUCCUUUCUGGACUCUUGCCAAGGUGGAAUCAACGUGGAGGGAAAAGGAUGAAACACUUAGGAUGUCAUGGACAGGAGGACUCAGAAAAACAUUGAAACAUUUAUUCAAGAUUAUUGGAACGAAGAGAAAACAGAUCAAAGCAGAUGCUGACACUGUAUUAUCUCAUGUGUUUGAAUUACAAGGUGUUUUGCUGAACCAGUUAAUGGCUGGCAUAAAUGCAAGACAUAAGGAUGAGCUUUGUCUUACUGGUGAAUGGCGUAAACUUGUCAUGUCAACAGCACAUGAACGGACUCCACUGUUUGAACAGCAAACAGCAUCCAACCACUGGCAGUUAGAUCCUACAGAAGGACCAGACAGGAUACGUAGACGACUUCAACAAUCAUUUGUUAGUAUUGACGAGAAGUUCUACUUGGAAACACACAGGGUUUCAGAACCUGCGGAAAGUUGUUUAAUGUAUCUGUUUGAUGAAGAACGAUUCAGUCCUAGAGAGUUGCCUAUUGAGAAAAGCACAAUAGCCAAGAUGGAACGUCUCAAAAAUGUGUUUCGUUGCUUCUACAUUGCUCCGGGUAGCUGUGUACUUGGAGAACUGUUGAUUGGAACUGGAAAUAUGCAUUUUGUUGGGGACAAGGAAGGAACUGAUUUUAAUGUAACUAAGGUUGGGAAAGAGCAAACUGAUUUGAAUGCAACAAAGGUUGAAAAAGAGCAACCUGAUCUUAACAUAACAAAGGUCUUAUCUGGUGAUGCCACAUCAUCAAUGAUAUCAUGGACGUAUGAUGUAGUCGUUGAGAUUCAUUGUCGACGCUACCAGUUGCUGGACAAUGGUCUAGAAAUAUUUCUGCUGAAUGGCAAAACACAUCUCUUUUCAUUUGAAGAUACGAAGCAUCGUGAUCAGCUACACCGCGUUUUGUUGUCUCUUAAACUGCCAAACUUUGUUGACUAUGAAGAUGAAGCGAAAGGGUCAUUUCUCAAAUACUCAGUAACACGAAAAUGGCAAGAGGGGUUGAUGACUAACUUUCAGUAUCUGAUUCAUUUGAAUAAGAUGGCUGGACGGACGUUUAACGAUCUUAUGCAAUAUCCCAUCUUUCCAUUCACAAUAGCAGACUACAAAAGUGAGAAACUGGAUCUCAGUAAUUCGAAGACAUUUCGUGACUUAUCAAAGCCUAUUUCAGUUCAAGAUGAAACGAAGGUGGCAAAGUAUCUGAUUAACUACAAGUUUUUGGAAGAUGAAUAUAACAAGGCUAGUGAUGAUGAAAGAGGUGUUACAGUGCCAUUGCCUUACCACUAUGGCUCUCACUACUCUAACAGUGGCGUCGUGUUACACUACCUUGUUCGAGUCUUCCCUUACACCAAGAUGUUCUUAGAUUAUCAAGACCAUCGCUUUGAUCUUCCUGAUCGGACAUUUCACAACAUGGAAUCCACAUGGCGAUUGGUUAGUUCAGAGUCACCGUCAGAUGUAAAAGAAAUGAUUCCAGAGUUUUACUAUUUGCCUGAAUUUCUUAUGAACCUUGAAGGAUUUGAUUUUGGCAUUCGACAAACUGGACAGCGAGUAAAUGAUGUUCUUCUCCCAUCGUGGGCUCGUGGAGACUCAAGGCUGUUUAUUCUCAUGCAUCGACAAGCUCUUGAAUGUGAGUAUGUGUCUCGAAAUCUUCACAAGUGGAUUGAUCUCGUGUUUGGUUACAAACAGACAGGGUAUCCAGCUGUUGAAGCUAUCAACGUGUUUCAUCCUAGUACUUACUUUGGUGCAGUUGAUCUUCAGAGUAUUACUAACAAAGUACAUCGUGAAGCAGUGGCUGCGCAGAUUCGAAGUUAUGGACAAUCUCCCAAGCAACUGUUUGACAGUUCUCAUCCAGCACGUACACCAACUAGCCAGCUUGGAUUUUCAACAGCUGGAGGACCAGACCAUUUUGAUGUGAUGGAAGGAUGUGACAUACUGCAGCCAACAUUUGAAAGAGCCACAAGCAGUGUGCAUGACUUCAAGGACAAAUGGUGUCAGUUUGCUUUUCUGGGAUUUGUCACACGUUGCUCUGUAGGAGUACUGUGGCGGAAGACAUUUGUAGGAACAAUUGGCUGUUUGCAUUUACUGCCUUCAGGAGAAUUUGAGGCUCUUUCGGCAAAGAUGGCUGUUAUUCAGUUACCUGCUGAAGGUGGCAAAGGAGAUGGCCAGCGUGGAUUUGUCAGUUGGGGCUUCUAUGAUGGAUUAGUAAGGGUUAGACUCAAAGGCCUGACUGAAUUCUGUCUCCCUUAUUGGCCACAGACAUGGCUGAUUACUUGCUGUGGUGUGCCAAAGAACAUGCAGUUGUUGCUGUUUGGAGACAGUUGGGGAGUUGUCACAGUUUGGAAACUUAAAAUCGAUCCCAAAUCUGCAACAGGACUGUCUGUUCCUGGUUGGUACACAUUGCUUCCAGGUCAUCGUACCCCAAUCUCUUGUCUAACUGUAUGCAAAGAGUUUAGUGUGUGGGUAACAGGAAGCUGUGGAGGAGACUGUAUCAUUUGGGACUUAAACAGAUUGUCUUACAUUCGGUCUAUUCCAUCUCAAUUUAAGCCAGUAUCUGCACUUGCCAUCAGCAGCACUCUUGGUGACAUAGCAGUUGCAUAUGGUGGUCAAGACAAUCAUUGCUCAUCUGAGCUAAUCGUGUGGUCAAUAAAUGCUUCUCUUGUUUCGAAAAUAGAACUUUGCUCAACACGAAUACAUUGUCUGGAAUACUCUGCUGCAGCCGAAGGCAUUAAUGUUAAUGUUCUGGCCGCAGGAACUAGCUCAGGCACAGUAAGGAUUUUCAGUAGCUGGGAUCUUACACCAUUGUUUGACAUCGGCAAUGCUGAAAUCAAUCAACCUAUUGUUAGCGUUGUGUUUAAUGAAGGUAGCCGAGAGUUGUAUGGUGGCACAGCAGAGGGCUCUGUUGUAGCAUGGAAAUCACAUCGGAUGUAGGAAAUAGAAUAUAUGCUUUUGAUGGGAAUAUUUCCCUUUCUUUGCUAGUUAAAUCAUUUUGUUAUACAAUUGGCAGUAAUUUCCGUAUUUCCAUAAAAUCUACAGAAUGAACUGAGAAGAGACAACUAUACUAUAGUAGAGUAUACACUUUAGUGUUUCUAGCCAGUACAAUCAGCUAUUGUGUUUGUGGCAAUCAGUUUACUUAUAGCAAGUGUUUUGUAUCAAUAUGGGCAGACUGAUCUCCUUAGCAAAAUUUAA